AUGUUGAAGUCUAUAUUUGCGAAGCGAUUUGCUUCCACAGGGUCAUAUCCUGGUUCUACAAGAAUUACUUUGCCAAGAAGGCCUGCAAAAAAAAUUCAACUGGGGAAGUCACGACCGGCUAUUUAUCACCAAUUCAAUGUCAAAAUGGAGUUGAGUGAUGGAAGUGUAGUUAUCCGGAGAUCCCAAUAUCCAAAGGGUGAAAUUAGAUUAAUUCAAGACCAGAGAAAUAAUCCGCUGUGGAAUCCUAGCAGGGAUGACCUAGUCGUUGUGGAUGCUAAUUCUGGUGGUAGCUUGGACAGAUUUAACAAGAGGUAUAGCUCUUUGUUUUCUGUCGAUUCAACGACCCCAAAUUCAAGCUCUGAAACAGUUGAACUAUCUGAAGAAAAUAAAAAGAAAACACAGAUUAAAAAGGAGGAGAAGGAAGACGUUUCUGAAAAAGCGUUCGGUAUGGAUGACUAUCUAUCUCUGUUAGACGAUAGUGAACAACAGAUCAAAUCAGGUAAGUUGGCCAGUAAGAAGAGAGACAAGAAGUGA